GCGUGCGCAUGGGCGUGUCGCCAACGUCACUUCCGGAAUCUGUGCUUCCGGGUCGCGGCGCGGCCCAGCGCUCCCGGUUCCGCGGCUGUCCCGGCCCGCCGGCGGGAGGAGGCGGCGCCGGCCCGGCCCCGCGCAGCGGCCCGGCGGCGAGGCCUGUCCAUGUGUCCAUGAAGCAAGAUGACGAGAAGAUAGUAGAGUGAAGUGGUGGCCUUGUGGACAGCAUGGCUUUCCUGGACAACCCAACAAUUAUACUUGCUCACAUUCGGCAGUCACACGUGACCAGCGAUGACACGGGGAUGUGUGAAAUGGUCCUGAUAGAUCACGAUGUCGACCUGGAGAAGUUUAACCCCUCGUCAGCGUAUGGGGACAGUGGUUCAGAGACACAGGGCAGCAACGGAGAGACUCAGGGCUACGUAUAUUCCCAAUCAGUCGAUAUUACCUCAAGCUGGGACUUUGGAAUCAGAAGACGAUCAAACACGGGGGUGCCACCUUUAAAAUUUUAUGACUGUUUCCCCUACAUGUGCGGUAUAAAACAUCUUUAUUCAUAUCAAGCUCAGAGACUAGAACGUCUGCGGAAAGAGAGGCAGAACCAAAUAAAAUGCAAAAACGUUCAGUGGAAAGACAGGAACACGUCUCACUCAGCAGAGGAGCUGAGCUCGCUCUUUGAGAAAAAGAACUUCCGAGUCAGGUCUCCGUGCUCGGGGAAGCCGUCCAUCCUGUCCGUGCGGCUGGAGCAGUGUCCGCUGCAGCUCAACAACCCCUUCAACGAGUACUCCAAGUUCGACGGCAAGGGUCACGUUGGUACAACGGCAACCAAAAAAAUCGAUGUCUACCUCCCCCUGCACGCGAGCCAGGACAAGCUGCAGCCCAUGACGGUGGUGACGAUCGCCAACGCCAAGGUGCACGACUUGAUCGGGCUCAUCUGCUGGCAGUACACGAGCGAGGGCCGGGAGCCCAAGCUGAACGACAACGUCAACGCGUACUGCCUGCACAUCGCCGAGGACGACGGGGAGGUGGACACGGACUUUCCGCCCCUGGACUCCAACGAGCCCAUCCACAAGUUUGGCUUCAGCACCCUGGCCCUGGUGGAGAAGUAUUCGUCCCCCGGGCUGGCGGCCAAGCAGUCGCUCUUCGUGCGCAUAAAUGCUGCUCAUGGAUUCUCACUUAUUCAGGUGGACAGUAUGAAGGUCACCAUGAAGGAUAUCUUACAAAAGGCCUUAAAGAGAAGGAAGGGAUCCCAGAGAGGCUCAGGUCCUCAGUAUCGGCUGGAGAAGCAGAAUGAACCUAAUGUCCCAGUAGAUUUAGACUGUACCUUGGAGAGCCAGAGCACUUUGGAAUUCUGCCUGGUCCGGGAGAACAGUUCAAGAGGAGAAGAGGUCUCGGAGGAGGACCCGCAGAUCGACAUCGCCACGGUCCAGGACAUGCUCAGCAGCCACCAUUACAAGUCCUUCAAAGUCAGCAUGAUCCAUCGGCUUCGAUUCACCACCGACGUUCAGUUAGGUAUUUCUGGAGACAAGGUAGAGAUAGACCCUGUUACUAAUCAGAAGGCCAGCACUAAGUUUUGGAUUAAGCAGAAACCCAUUUCAAUCGAUUCUGAACUCCUCUGUGCCUGUGACCUUGCGGAAGAAAAAAGCCCAACGAGAUUUCGUGGUCCUUGGGAAGGUGUGAUCCCAAGGAGAGGCUUCCCCGAUGACCAGACAGUCCAGACUGUGCAGCCGUUGUCUGUAGAGCUCAAGGUGGUUUUGCAGUUGUAAACGUGUUAACACCUCUGGCUUUGAGGCCCCAUUUCAUUUCAAAUGCAAACAUGGUGGUAAAAUCGUGCCCACAAAAAGGGGCUGUAUCUGAAAAGCCGCCCUGGGAACCCAGGGUUUCCAGCUCACGCUCCUGUCAACACGAUGGUCCGAGACCUUCCAGCUGAACCCCCAGCACCGCAUCCCGCCCGGACGGGCUCUGCAGCCCCGGGGCAGCACCCGCUGCUGUGGGAAAUCGUGUUUGCACCCAAAUCCGGCCAAGCCAGGGGGGUACAAGGGACAGAACUUCACCCGCAAGUAGCGGCCAGCGGUGGAAGGGCAGGACUGCAGCUGGAGCAAGAAUCGCGGUCACUUUGUGAGGAUGCUGACAGGUUAUGGCAAAGGCAGCCUUUAUGGUGUCCUCAUUUUCGCAUGGCUGUCGUAAACCCUUCCCAUUAAAUAAGUGUUCAGCAUGGUUCCAGAAGGAGAAAAUAAUUCCUCCUGAAAUCUGCUGACCUCUUCCCAAUUCACUGACGAUGUUCCCAAGUCAUUCUUUUAGGCCAGGAGCAGAGACUUCUGGUGUGACACCUCAGAAUGAUGCAUUUUGGGGGCUCAACAGCAGAUCAGUAUCUCUGGAAUUUUAAAUGGAAAAAAGUUAUUUUAGUAGCAUAAAGGAAUGAAACUCACUGUAUUUCACAAGUUUUGUCUGUGAUUUUUAUCAGCAUAGUGAUAUAUGUUUGUAGCAGAGUUUACAUAAAAAAAUUAUUCCCGGAUCUUCCUUGAAUGAAUUAUUGCAAAGAGAGAGAGGCUGGGUAAAGAUAAGGUCUUUGAGUUCGGCAAUAUAUUUUGUUUUCAUGUGGUUAUCUCUUGUAGCACAAACAUGCUCCAUCUCGUCUUUCAGGACUGUUCUGCACAUGUAACGGUGCUCGAGCGGUUGCAGCGGUGAAAGCUCCGCGUGUGGUUGAUGGGGCUCCCUGCCUCCCCAGGCACCGGCUGGAAUAACGCUGGGCCCGGCUUUGCUGGGCUGGCGCACUGAGCUCUGCAGAGAGGAGGGUUUGCAGGGCCCCGCGGUGGCCGUGCUGUCCCGCCAGGCCCAGGGGACUCUGCCGGGCCCGGCGCAGCCACAGGUUCUGCAGGUUCCUCUGAACAUGGGAACCAGCACCGCUCAGUAUUCCGUGAGCUCUUACUCUCUGCAGGCUGAAGAGAUCUCACGGUUUUUACUGAUACUUUUCUGCAGGAAUGUGAGAGCAGAAAUCGUGUAUCAAUGCGGUAAAGAGCCUCUGCUUGUUUUCUGAUGGUUUUCUUUGGAGAGACCGUUCUGUGCGGCGCAGCUCUGGUGGCGCUGGUGUGAGCGCGGGGGCUCCGCAGCGCGAGGGGCAUGUUGUGGGUAUUCCCAGCGGGCUGGCGCUUCCCUGUGCCCUGAGUUUGCAGGACCUGGAGCUGCACACGGUGAGAACAGAAAAUGAAAAUAGAAAGCUUUGGCAUGUAAUGUGCCAUUGGUGCGGGUAUUGUGGGCAGGGAUGGCUGAUGAUUUUUGUUUGCCCUUGUAGUAGGCCUGGGUCAGCAUUUGAAUUUUUAUUUGUAAAUUAGAUCAGAGUCCCUGAAUUUAGACAAAGGGAAGAGGUAAUGGCCCUGCUGGCUCGAUCAAAUGCCAUUAGAACCUGAAGACACUGCGUACAAACGGCUUGUUUAAAUCAGGUUCAGUCUGAUUAUCACGAGAGAUUCUGAAUGUUUUGAGUCUUGAAAGGAAGCAUCCUAUCAUUGAGAAAUAAGAUUUAAGCCUUAAUAAAGUAGUUGUCAUUUUUAUAGCUGAAAAGAGCUUUGUAUCUCAAUUAAGUGUACAUAAUAUAAAGUCUUAAGGAAGCAACAUAAUACGUUUAAUACAAUUAUAUCCCUUUGCAAUAGUGUAAUUUAAAGGAAAUCUGAUUCUGUUAAUGUCUCUUACAUUACCUGGACAAGGGAGAAACUUCAGUGUCACCGGCCGCUGCCUUUGUCCACGUUGCGGGUGGCCCGAGCGCGGCAGCAGUGGCUGCGCUGUGGCCGUCCCUGCCCAGGCGCGCGGCCGCGGUGCCUGGUGACCGCGGUGCCGGUGACCGCGGUGCCAGUGACCAUGGUGCCUGGUGGCCAUGGUGCCUGGUGACCGCGGUGCCGGUGACCAUGGUGCCUGGUGACUGCGGUGCCGGUGACCAUGGUGCCUGGUGACCACGGUGCCGGUGACCGCGGUGCCGGUGACCAUGGUGCCUGGUGGCCACGGUGCCUGGUGACCGUGGUGCCGGUGGCCACGGUGCCUGGUGUUUGCAGUGCCAGUGGCCGCGGUGCCAGUGGCCGCGGUGCCUGGUGGUUGCAGUGCCGGUGGCCGCGGUGCCGGUGGCUGCAGUGCCUGGUGGUUGCAGUGCCGGUGGCUGCGGUGCCGGGCGCGUGGGACGAGCAGCCCCGUGGGCAGCGCUUUGGUGGCCCCGAGCUCAGCACUUGGGCUCACUCACAGUUUUCAAAAUAGCGUGGGGUUUUCUGUUCAUGAGUAUUUUACGAUAGCUGCAGAAGUCACUAUUGUUUGAUUAUCUACAUGAAACACUGAUGAAAUAUUCUCUAUGAUCCUUUUCUUGCUUUUUUUUCCUUUUAAUAAAGCCGACACAUCUCAAUUGCUAGAUCCAAAUGUCCCUAAUAUGAAGGCAGUCUAAACAAAGGUGUUCUGUAGGUCACAGAGUACAUUGGUAACUUCGGUUUGUAAUUUAAUUGCCUGCUUUGCACCCUGCAGCUUAAGAUUUCCUUUAAAUUCUUAUUCCAUUGUUGCACUGGGGCUUAACAGAGUGUUAACCUGGUAAUAGGCACAGGGCCUCCCCAUUAUAUGUCUCGCUAUCGAGCGGUUCUGCAUGACUAGUUAAAAAAGAUGGCAAGAAGAUUAAUGAAAGGCGCCUGGUACAGAAGGGGGGCAGGUACCUCUGCAAGACUUGUGGCGAGGAGAUAUUAGAGCUGAACCAGAGCUCGGCUUUUUCUUUAUCCUGUGACCUCUGAACCUGCCGCACUGUCGAGAGCUGCCAGCGGAGCCGACGUUUUGAUUGAUGUUGCUACACGAGUCAGUCUUUCCCGUUGAAUUCCACAUCUGCACGAAAAUAGCUUUUCCAGCGGUAUCCGCGCUGCCGUAAGCGAUAGCCCCGGUGAUGCCUGCGCGCCUGCGGGUGCUUCGCACUUAAAGCUAAAGGAACUUGAUGUUUUAAUUCAGUAGCCAGUUCCUCCAGAUUAUGCACGUUGGGUAGUACUAAUUUAAUGAAUUUGUUACUGGGUUGUAAAAGGACAAAAACCAUAGAGAAAGCGCUGGGAAGGUGCGGAUGGGUUCCUGCUGCUCGGGGCUGGAACGGAGGCGUUGCAGUUUGCUCAGAGCCUGCGCUGGAGCAGAGCAGAGGGGCGACAGCCGCCCGAGUGCUCUGCAGACUGCACGGGAUACCGGGCUGGUCCCAUUGAGAGGGAGGCAGAGUGUGAAAUAAUAGAAGAAAAUUUGUACCCGAUAGAAGGCUCAUCACAGACCCGGAUCAAAAGGUAAAAAAUAGGUUCAGCAGGGAAAAUGUUCCCAAACUUCAGGCUCGGAGUGAAAGAAACUUCCAAGUGUGUAACAGAAAUGAGGCCAAAUGCGCACGGCCGCGCGGUUUGCAGAGCCGGUCAGCGCGGUGGCGGGACGGCACCAGUGGCACCGGUGGCACCGGGUUUGCUGCUCCCUGGCCGGGCUGCGCUCGGGAUCGCGUGGGGCUGGGGCGACAGGCCGGGGGUGUCGGGGCCCCGGGCGGCCCCUGCGCCUCCUUAAACCCAGCCCUGCUCACGAGCCUUUGGCGCGGGUCCUCUGGAGCACAAUCAGGAGCGCGCAUUGCCUCAUCCUUUUAGCAAAUAUGUUUUGUAGCCCUAUUAAAAGGGGUCUUCAUCUAUCCUGUCAAAGCUAUUCUGCUGGGGUUUUUUAGUUUAAUUACACUAUCCAAUUAAAACUCCGUGCUGCAUUUUGAUUCGCUUCUCCUUGGGCUUGAGUGGAUCUGACAUUUACAGGACUCGCCUUUCAGGCAGACAAUGGUGUGAUUGAUGAGGUGCAGACGCAAUGAAGGAGGCGAUUGCCAUGUGGAAACACUGCUUAGUGCAUUUUGAUUUAUUUAUCAUCUUUUUUCCCAAACAAGGCUGCUGGUGAGGAGGUUGUGGGCAACCCCGCGUUCCACCUCCGUUUUCACUGUUCUCACAAAAAUAUUUGUUUGUAUUCUGCCUUUUGUAAUAAUUCAAAGGAGAAACAAAAGGCUUUCGGGAAAAAAAAUCCAGAUGUGUGAAUAGUUACCACAAUUUGACACGAAAGGGGAUGUGUGCAGCGCUUUAAUAGCACCUCUGCUUUCAGCACAUCUGGGAGCAUGACAUCCAGUAACGGCAGCGGUGUGUAAUGGGCCGCAGCAGGGCGUGCGGACCCGAGCCGAGGACGGUGCCCGUGAAGCAGCGCUGGGAGCGGCAGCACCGCGGCCCGUGCUUUGUCCUCAGCGCUGGCGCCGUCGGUUCCCGCUGGAGCGCUGCGGGCUCUGCAGACGGGUCAGCGGGACGCGGGGUCCGACCCGCCUGGUUCCACUCGUGUCGGGGUCAGGGCUCCAUCCUCUGAGCAACCUCUGGGUAACUCUCGCUGGCAUGGACGGGCUGAGCCCCCCGUGACGCUGGGGACAGCACUGCUGCUGCUCCCCGUGUCCCCCCUGCAACCCCACACCCAGCAGGAAACUUCUGAGCUCGCUCGUUACUCGAGCUUCCCAGGAGGGUGUUGUGGUGCUAAAGCAGCGCGUGUGUUUUUGUGGGACCUUCAGGCCCUGCUCCAGGGUCACAGCCGCGUUUGUGGGGUGCGCACGUGGAUUUCAGACACCGGGGUCCCUCCCAGAGCUGUUCGGUGAGAUGUGACGGGCUGGUGAGCAGAGGUCACCCCAUUGCAUGCAGUGCUUUAAGUACAUUUGCUUUUGUACAGAAACAUUGGUUGGUUGUAUAUUAUUUUCAUCAUUCCUUGCCUUUUUACUAGUAUAUUUCUAUUUCUUUAUAAUCCGUUCUGAGUCCGUGAGAGGAGAUUUCAAGGUCUGAUCCUGUUGUAGCCACAAUUUCUGAAAUAGUGAAAAUCUGUGAUGAUGUCAAAUGAUGCCCAUAAGUGUUUUGCUCUUCAGUGAGGUCUUUCUCCAGCUAUUUAUCCCACUAAUAACUCUUAAUUGUUGACUUCUGCCUUAUGACCCUGUAAUGACAAAGCAAUCAUCAAGGUAUAUUGACAAAUUAACAUAAAUUUGCAUUUCCCCGUGUUUGUUUUCUUUUUUGUCCAAGUCAUGAAUAUUCCUUUCAUCCUCCAUCGAAUUAGUGAUUUCAUUCAGUGCACACAGUUGUGAAGAGUGGCACAGGCAAAAGAGAGCGGUGUUUGUGGAGGAGCCACCGAAAUGAAGCGUUGGUGCAAAACCUGCGUUGUUUUAAUUCUGCCACCACGGGCAGUGGGAGCCACCGGAGUCGCUGCUGUUUGUUACCAGAUAUUCCUAUAUGGAAAUAAAAGCCCAUUGAAGGUCCUAUUGAUCUCUCAAUUGUCAAGGGUGGUGCUCCAUUGCAAGGAGGUACAGCACAUAUUUAAGCACUCUUGGAAAUGGAAAUCAAUCUCACAAUUCAGAAAUUCCAUCUGGCUGGAACAGUAGCCGAGCAGAGUGCCAGUUAGGAUUUCAAUGAACCAAUAUUUCAUGCUGUAAAUAGUGUAAUGUGGACACGGAGCACAUAAACAUAAUGUCGUAAUGGGGCUUUCGAAAGAAAAGUCUGCUCAGCUCCUUUGCGCUCAAUCACCCGUCAGGGCGCAGGCCGUGCCGUGGACUGGGCAGCGGGCUUGGUGGCGGCACCGCGGCCCCCGUGUCCCCAAGCAUCCCCUGUGCCGCGGCCACCGUGCCACGGCCCCUGUGCCACGGCCCCCUGCCCCCAAGCAGCCCCUAUGCCGUGUCCCCUGUGCCACCUCCCCCUGCCCCCGUGCGGCCCCUGUGCCACAGCCCCCAUGCCGUGUCCCCCGGGUGUCCCACUGAGCGCAGCCCAUGGCUCAGUGCAGCUGUUACCAGCGUUUGUCCCUCUAAUUGUCGUCAAAAGAGCAGAGUCCUCGCAAUUCUAAAAUCCGCGCUCAAAACCAGAGUUCUGCUCUGUCAGCUGUGUAAGCGCUUUUGCUGGAAAGGAGUAAAUCACAGGUUAACGAGAAGGACGAGGGCACUGGGGAGAGUUUCUCCACCAGCCGGACAGCAGCCGGGAUCGCGCGCGGGUGGCUCUGGUUCCGCGUCCUGUCCCUGUGCCGGGCGGCAGAGCGAGGACACCGCGGGUGAACGGGGCCGUGACCGCGGGCUGCCCGCACCCGCACAGACAACCCGGCUGGGAUCCUCCAGACGCGGUUUCAGUUCUAGUGGUGCGUCUGUGUAACUGAUCUGAAAUGUCCAAGGACAAGCGCGGUGUCGUGUCCCCAGGAGCGGUGCCCGGACGCCUUCAGAAUGCUAAAGGCGCAGAGCGGGGUGCAUGCAUUACCAUGCUGAUGAGCGCGGCCGGGAGUUCCCGCAUCUUUAGUACCACCGAGGCAUCGUUUGUCAAAUGAUUUAAAGGGGUUUUUAUUAUUAUUAUUAGCCAAUUUUUCAAUAUAGAAUUUAUAUUCCAGGUUAGUGGAUCAUAAUGGUGUUUAAUUAACAUGCCACAAUAAAAUACUUGCAUCUCAGAUUUCCUGGCCACAGACCUGAGCGUAUAUCAGUCACUUUUUGGUAACCUGGAGAAUUAGAUAAUGUAAAUAAGGCUUCAAAUUAGCUUUCCUCCAGGAAAGACCCGAAUUUACAGUAAUGUGGCUGUUACUUUACGGAUUACUCAACUUUGACCUUUGAACUGAAUGAAUUGUGAGAAAACUGAGGGAAAAGUACGAUGUAUAGAAUAGGUUUGGUUGUAAUUUCGGAGCCGCGCACACCCACACCAGUGAAGGGUGCUUUGCCUUGCCACGCGUUCUGCAGACAGACCUUGACGCCAGAGCCACGGACACGGGCUGGGGUUAAUUGGCCUUUUAUUUUAAAUACAACCCUUAUCUCCUGCACGGGGUGAUGAUGCAGUGAAUAGUUCCGUAAAGCUGCGCUGUUGCGGCAGUUCAGCUGCAGCGCGCGGGCGGGCUGAGCGGCGCUAACCAGCCGUUUGAUGGGUUCUGCGUUUCCUGCAGCGGGGAUGUGAUGGGAGAAG